CUGCGAUCAUCGUCUCAAGAACAGCAAAGCGGCGUCGCUUGUAGCACAAAGAUCUCCAUUAUGGAUCCUGACAUCUCUCAAUCGCAGUGAACCCUUGUCUUGGCGUAGAUGUCCGGAAGUUAGAUCAUCACUCCACAUCGGAGCCACUUCGAUCGGAACUUCAUCCACAGCCACAAUGCCUGCAACAACACGAAUACCGUCCACGCUGCUCGGUGCAGUCCGUGCCAGCACAUCAAGAGUAACGCCUCCCAUCAGACAAAGAUGCGCAUACCACUCUUACGACUACGCACAACCGCCUCCAUUCCCUCCUGCUGAGACCAAAAUCCUAUCGUCGGCAUAUGCACACGUACCCAACCAUGGCUUCACAGUUGAUGCGCUGAAGCUCGGGGCUAGGGAUGCUGGGUACCUGGACGCUUCAACGAAUCUCUUUCCUAGAGGUGUCUUCGAUUUGAUCAACUACCACCUCGUCACACAGCGAUUGGCGCUGAAAGACUCCGUGCAGUUCCCAGAGGAGAAAGAUGGAAAAAAGCUAGGCGUAGGAAGCAAAGUCAGGUCCUUGACUCUGGCGCGAUUACGAGCAAACGAGCCAGUUUUGCAUCGGUGGCAGGAGGCACUAGCCAUAAUGGCACAGCCAACCUACAUCCCGCCUUCGCUGCACGAACUCGCCGCGCUUGCCGACGAAAUCUGGUUUCUCGCCGGCGAUCAGAGCGUCGACACAAGCUGGUACACCAAGCGUGCGACUCUGUCCACCAUCUACUCCACCACCGAAGUCUUUAUGACGCAAGACACGUCAAAGAACUUUGUUGAGACAGAGCAGUUUUUGGAUAACAGGCUGCAGGAUUUGCAGACGGUUGGAGGGUUCAUGGGGAAGCUGGGCGAGUGGGUGAAUUACACGGGGCAUAGUACGAUUAAUGUGCUUCGAAGUAAAGGGGUGAGGAUAUGAGGAGAUUCAAGGAAAAUCGUGCGAGGACGGUGUCAAGGCGAUCGCCGUGGCGUUCGGACUUACUGUAUACGAUCGGAAAAAAGGUGUACAAUAUAACGGUGGGGUAUACAUGGUAAAAUUCCAAGCCACACAUAACCGUACACAAAUCGAUACACUGUUUACCACA